AGUGUGCCCAGCAGAAUAGCAAACAUGUUUUUUUUUCUGAGCGAUAGCAAGUUCACUGAACAUUUGCAUUUAAUAGAUAAUACAGCUUUGAAUAUUUUAAUGGCUUGACAUAAUAGUGUUAAUGUUUCUCGUGGUGAGCAUACCCAACGGGUUUCGCACGGUUAGGUAGCCUAACCUUUUACAGAGACUUUGUAUAGCUGUAUGCGCACGGGGAAACGCACUGUUUUGUGGCACACCCCCCAACGUCUUUUGUGGUUUUAAUCGUGUUUCCAUAGCAGUUUGUGUGGAUGUUUGCUAAAUGUAUCAAUCUGCGACUGAGAUACAGGACCUGCAAAGCGUGCGAAGUAGAACCCUCGUUGAAAUAAUGGCAGGCGUGAUUACAAAUAGGCUACAUUGUUUCAAAAUUGUAUUUUAAUAUACCUUCGGUUCAUGUCAAUCAACAUUGAUGUCACACUUGCAGUAGUCCGUUUGCGUGCCCUGUAUUUGUGCAUCAUAUCUGUGAGCAUACUAUCAGGAAUCAUUUGCAAGAAUGUCGCACAGCUCUUAUAACAGGAUAUGGGCCGCAGCCCAGAAUGCCUUAGAGGGCCUUCUUGAAGACGAAUUCCCUGUCGUCCAGCCUCGACCCCAGAGGGACCGCCUGCAGGUCUUUCAAACGCUGGCUGGCUUCUACCUGAAGUACCUACAGAUCAUGCACAACCUAGAGGAGGUGUACGACCAGAUGGUGCAUCCGCAGAAGAGGCGAGUGGUGCGGGCCGUCAUGGAAGGCGUCAUGGGGCGGUUGCUGGAGCUGAAGAAUGAGAUGGUGGAGCUGGAGUUCUCUGAGUUCCAUUAUUUUGACGACAUGCUGCAAGACCUGAAGAUGACUCCUGCUGAUCUGGAGGUGCCCAUCCCACGGUACUUUGUGAGGGAGAAGAUGCGGGUCCUGAAGGAGAGGGAGAGGAUGCUGGCCCACAUUCUGGCUAAAGGAGGUCACAUAGAACAACAGGAGCCUGUGUGUCAUGCUGCCGCACAGAGGGUGUCGGUGGAGGAGGCCGUGCAGCUGCUCCAGGUGAGCGAGCGGGCGCGCCAGGGCCGACUGAGGGCUCGCUUCAUGAGGGAGAUCCGUCAGGAUGAGAGCAGGAGCCAGCUGGUCCAGAGUCAGAGUACCUGCACCCUGGACCCAGAUGCUGCUGCCGUGCGCAUUCAAAAGGUGUGGCUUGGUUACAGUCAGAGGAAGAGGACAAAGAGGGAGAGACUGGAAGAGCUGAUUUUUCUGGGAAUGGUGCCCCCUGAGCGGCCAUCACCCAGUCCUGCUGAGCAGUGUGCCCACCAGGUGGAGGCUGCCAGGCGGGCGGUGCAGGAGCAGCACGAGGCUGAGUACCAGCGGGCCGUGAUCAGCAUCAAGGAGUCUGUGCGGGCGGUGGAGGGGCCUGACAUACGAGAGACCCUACAGGAGCAGAUACGCCAGUGGCUCAUCGAGUGCAGAGAUGCAACUGGCAGGUUCCCAGACUUCCCCGGCGUAGAGGACGGGGGAUCAGCUGUGAUAUUUGCACAGAAGACACCAGAUCAGGUCGCUGCUGAAUUGGCUGCCAAGGAGGAAGAGAAGGAGAAGAAGAAAAAUGCCAAAGGCAAGAAGGAGAAGAAGUCUGGAAAUGAGAAGAAGGGAAAGAAGAAAGAGAAAAAAGGAAAAGCAAAGGGGAAGAAAGAGAGCCUGGAGGGAGAGGAGGCAGAGAAGGGCUGGAAAAUGACUCCAAGCAGCUUUCUUCCCACUAUGGUGCAGGGCACCAAGAUAUAUCAAGAGGUUUGGCAGGAGCGUGAUGAGAAACAGAACUUUCCGCAGCGUUUCGACGCUCAGCUGGUGCGCGAGGAGAAACGGCUGGAGGUGGAAGAGGAGAUCAGAGUCCAGGUGGACGAGUUGAUGAGGCAAGAGCUGAAGAACCUGAAACUGGCCGUAGACAAGGACAAGGGCAAGAAGAAGAAGGCAAAGAAGGCCAACAAGAAGAAAAAGAAGAAAGGGAAGAAGGCAGGAAAGAAGAAGAAGAAGAAAGAACGGGAUCUGACUGCAGACAGAACCAUAGAGUCGCUGUAUGAGGAGCUGGUUCUUGAAGGCCUCCUGAUCCGUCCCAUGAACGUCAAGCUCGCAGAGUACAUUGGAGAGUACAGCUACCUGGGCACCACGCUCCGACAGGCCCACAUCGAGCCCAUGCCCUCCCUCUCAGACGUCCGCCAGCUCAUCGCUCUUUACGGGAUCCUGCCCCUAGGUUCCCAGUCUGUCCAUGAGAAGGCUCCGCUCAUUAGGACCUUGCUGCUGGCUGGCCCUGCAGGGGUGGGAAAGAAGAUGCUGGUCCAUGCGAUGUGCACCGAGACUGGGGCCAACCUCUUCAAUCUGUCCCCUGGCAACCUGGCAGGGAAAUACCCAGGGAGAAUUGGCCUUCAGUACCUCCUGCACAUGGUGUUCAAGGUGGCCCGGCAGCUGCAGCCAUCUGUGGUGUGGAUUGGUGAUGCGGAGAAAACAUUUUACAAGAAAAUCCCCAAAAUGGAGAAAGAGAUGGAACCUAAGAGACUGAAGAAAGAUCUUCCAAAGAUGCUGAAGUCCCUGCGACCGGAAGACAGAGUCCUGGUGGUGGGGACGACCAGGCGGCCUUUUGAGGCCGAUCUGAAGUCCCUCUGUAAAGUUUACAAGAAGAUCAUCCUGAUCCCCAGGCCAGACUAUGCAUCUAGACUAGUCCUGUGGAGGGACCUGCUGCGGACACGUGGAGCUCAGUUCACCCCUGCGCUGGACCUCAGCUCUCUGGCCAAAGUAACAGAUGGCUACACGCAGGGGCACAUCCUCCGGGCCGUGAGGACAGUACUAACUACCCGUCGCCUGGGGCAAAUGGGCAGGAGGCCCCUGAGUGCCGUGGAGUUCAUCCCAGUGCUCGCACGCCAGGACCCUGUUUACAAAGAGGAGGAGGAGGCCUUUAAGGCAUGGUACAGUCGCACGCCCCUGGGGAAGAAGAAGCUGAGAGCCACCAAGACUAUUGAUGAGGAAGGUGACGGGGCCAAAGGCAAAGGAACAAAGGGAAAAGAAAAGAAGAAAAGAAAAGAUGCGAAAGGAAAAAAGAAGAAGAGCACAAAGCAGACAGCAUCAUAGCUGUUGUGUCUUUACAAAUCUCUGUUGAGACUGGCAUUGCAGUGGUUACUUUGAACACUUUUGUUUGAACUUUGAAUACAUUGUUAACUUAUUUCUUAAUUUUUUGACAGAUUAAUACCCAGUGUGGUCUGGAUGGAAAUGGAAUGAGAAUAUAUUCAGACAAGUUUGAAUGUAAACCUGUAUAAUUCUUUUGUAAAGAAACAGCCCAUCAUCUUAAAGUAACAGAGAUUUCCAUUUUCCAUUCUUCAGCCACUAGAGAGCAGUAAAAUACUGAAGAAGACUUAUUGCCAUUCCCAGCCUGUGCAGGGUCUGGGCACAAAGGUGAGGGUGAAGUAGGAUAUCCAGGCAGAAGAUGUUAAGUGUGAGGGGGAAGUAUGAUAUCAAGGCAGAAGAUGUUAAGUUCAGAUUAAUUUCACGUUACUUUAUAUUGUUUUUGACAAAUAGAAGCUCUUUGGUUUAGAUAAAAAAAAUAAUUUGAGUUUAGUCAAUAAACCCACAUAAACGCA